AUGGAAGCCUUCAAUCUUCCUCCAUUACUUCUCUCAUUCUUUCUUUUUGCUCUUUUGCAAACAUCCACCAUUGCAGCCAACAAGUCUUAUAUUGUUUAUUUGGGAUCACAUUCACAUGGGUUGAAUCCUUCUGUUCUUGAUCUCCAACUUGCAACACAAACCCACUACAGUCUACUUGGAUCUGUGUUAGGAAGCAAUGAAGCAGCUAAGGAAGCAAUCUUUUACUCAUACAAUAGACAUAUCAAUGGAUUUGCAGCAGUUCUUGAUCAGAAAGUUGCGAAAGAUAUAGCGAAGCAUCGUGAUGUGAUAUCAGUACAUGAAAACAAAGGACUGAAACUGCAUACAACGCGAUCAUGGAACUUUCUUGGAGUUGAGAAUGAUGGUGGAGUUCCUUCAAACUCACUUUGGAACCUUUCAAGUUUUGGUGAAUCUACAAUCAUUGGCAACAUUGACACAGGUGUUUGGCCAGAAUCAAAAAGCUUCCGUGAUGAAGGAUAUGGACCUAUCCCAACCAGAUGGAAGGGAAGUUGUGAAGGUGGCUUCAACUUUAGUUGCAACAGGAAGCUGAUUGGAGCACGAUAUUUCAACAAAGGAUAUAUAUCCGUUGUGGAACCUAAACCUCUCAACUCAAGUUAUGAAACAACAAGGGACCAUAAUGGGCAUGGAACACACACCUUAUCCACAGCGGGAGGAAAUUUCGUUGAAGGAGUAAGCUUUUUUGGGAACGGUAAUGGCACUACAAAAGGGGGUUCCCCUAAAGCCCUUGUUGCUGCCUAUAGAGUAUGUUGGCCUUCAACGAGGAGUGGUGCGUGUUUUAUGGCCGAUAUUCUAGCUGGCAUUGAAGCUGCCAUUAGUGAUGGAGUUGACGUUCUGUCGAUUUCACUCGGUGGAAAUACCGAAGAAUUUUCUGACAAUCUAAUAGCUAUAGGGUCCUUCCAUGCAGUGAAGAACGGCAUCACUGUUGUUUGUUCUGCUGGGAAUUCAGGACCAUUUGAAGGCAGUGUCGAAAAUGUUGCACCAUGGAUAAUAACGGUAGGAGCUAGCACAAUGGAUAGGCUUUUUACCACUAACGUGACAUUGGGAGACAAGAGGCACUUCAAGGGUAUAAGUCUUUCUAGUAAGACAAUGCCAGCUGAGAAGUUUUAUCCGAUAAUUCGUGCUUUAGAUGCAAAAUUCAACAAUAGCCAUGAUAUCGACGCCGCACUUUGUCUAAAAGGGUCUCUUGAUCCUGAAAAGGUAAAAGGGAAAAUUGUAGUUUGCCUUAAUUGGGACGAUAUAAGAUUAGAGAAAGGUUAUGUGGCGGCUGAAGCAGGUGCGGUUGGGAUGAUUCUUGUUAAUAACAAGGGAAGUGGGGAAGGACUUAUGGCUGAUGCACACUUACUUCCUGCUUCACAUAUAAGCUAUACUGAUGGUGAAUUAGUCGACCAAUACAUUCGGUCCAAUAAACAUCCAAUAGCUUACAUCACUCCCGUGAAGACUGAGUUGGGAACCAAACCUGCACCAAUUAUGGCUUCAUUCUCAUCGAGAGGACCCAACCCAGUUGAGCCCUCAAUACUCAAGCCUGAUAUAACAGCACCAGGUGUCAAUAUAUUAGCGGCUUUCUCUGAGGAAAAUUCAGUAACUGGUUUACCUUAUGAUAAACGUCGAGUUCUUUUUAAUGUAUUAUCUGGCACUUCCAUGGCAUGUCCCCAUAUUGCUGGCAUCGUUAGCCUUCUCAAAACCCUUUAUCCAAAAUGGAGUCCAGCCGCUAUCAGAUCUGCCAUCAUGACCACAGCUGAAACGGAAGCUAAUGACUUAAAUCCAAUACUAAGCUCAGAAAAGGAGAGAGCAAACCCAUUGGCAUAUGGUGCAGGCCAUGUCCAACCAAACAAAGCAGCAGAUCCUGGCCUUGUUUACGACCUCUCCACCCAAGACUACUUGAACUUCCUAUGUGCUCAUGGCUACGACAAAGAACAAAUGAAACUAUUCUCCAAUGAUACUUCAUUUGUCUGUUCAAAGUCAUUCAAAGUAAUAGACUUGAACUAUCCUUCAAUCUCGAUAUAUAAUCUGACAUCUGAUGUAGUGAACAUCAAAAGAAGAGUGAAGAAUGUGGGAAGUCCAGGCACCUAUGUUGCUCAAGUCGAGGCACCGCCAGGAGUUUCAGUUUCUAUAGAUCCAAAUACUUUGAAAUUCACUAAUACCGAUGAAGAGAAGGAUUUCAAAGUUGUGUUAAGAAAGGUGCCAAAUAAUCAAACUAAAGAGAAUGUGUUUGGAAAACUUGUGUGGUCUGAUGGGAAGCAUCGUGUUAGCAGUCCAAUUUUUGUGACAUUACAGAUGCCGUGAGAGAAGUUGUAGUUUUCCUUAGAGGGGACCAUGCAAGAGUGUACCACGGUUAUGUGGCUGCUCAAGCAGGUUCUGUUGGGAUGGUUCUUUCUAAUAACGAGGAAGAUGGGGAUGGGCUUGAGGUUGAUGCACAUUUACUUUCUGCUUCGAAUAUAAAGUACACUGAUGGUGAAUCAGUUUACCAAUAUAUCAACUCUACCUAGUAA